AUGGACGGCAAGAUUGAAUCGGUUCAGGUCUUUGGCCGCAAGAAAAACGCUACAGCUGUUGCUUACUGCAAGCGCGGCCAUGGCCUCAUCAAGGUCAAUGGCACACCUAUUGAACUCGUGGAGCCCGAGAUCCUGCGCGUCAAGACCUACGAACCCGUGCUUCUUCUGGGCCAACAGCGUUUUGCUAACGUGGACAUCCGUAUCCGUGUAAAGGGUGGUGGUCACACUGCACAGAUCUACGCGAUCCGUCAGGCUAUUGCCAAGUCUAUCGUUGCCUACUACCAGAAGUACGUGGACGAGGCCUCUAAGAAAGAGAUUAAGGACAUCUUGCUUGCUUACGACCGUACCCUCCUGGUAGCCGAUCCUCGUCGCUGCGAGGCCAAGAAGUUUGGUGGUUCCAGCGCCCGUGCUCGUUUCCAGAAGUCUUACCGUUAA